AGGAACAAAUUUGGGGAGAUCAAGGAGUACCAGCAGAAGUACGGGGUGGAGAUCGUCAGGCGGUAUCGGAAGAACGGGGGGAAUUCAGCGGGCGAUGACGUGACCUUCUCCGAGUUUCUCCGGUACCUGCUGGAUGAGGAGGUAGAGAGGAUGAACGAGCACUGGAUGCCCAUCUACAACCUGUGCCAGCCCUGUGCCGUGAGGUACGACUUCAUCGGCUCCCACGAGCGGCCGAAUGCCGGCGCCCACCACUCGGACGCCAACCACGUCCUCGAGCGAGUCCAGUCGCCCUCCUUCAUCCGCUUCCCCGAACGGCAGUCGUGGUACAAGCCCGUGACGGCAGAAACGCUCCAUUACUACCUGUGCAACACCCAACGCCGGCUGAUAAAAGAGCUGUUACCAAAAUAUAUCCUGGAUUUCUCCCUCUUUGCCUACCCCCUUCCCAACAUAACCAGCGAAUUCUGCAGGCAAUGA